AUGGCCAGUCUAAUGCAGAUAGGUUCACCUCUUAUUCACAGUAGUGCCCUUGUGAAGACUAUUCCACGUCCUAAAUCGUUCACAUGUACCACAAUGGCCAAAACGACACCGGGCGAUGAGUCUCCCGUUGUUCCACGUCUUUUCGCAAAUUAUCAGCCUUCUAUUUGGGACAAUCACCAUCUCCUCCCAGUCAAGAAUAAAUAUGUGAAAGGUAAAAGUGUGCGAGGAGAGAGAGAUUUGUUGAAGGAAGAGGUGAGAAUGAUGCUCAAUGAUGGGAAGACGACUUAUCUCGACCAAUUGGAGCUCAUUGACGAUCUGCAAAAACUCGGUGUGCCUUACUAUUUUGAGCGGGAAAUCAAGAACAUUUUAACAGUUUUUUGUUAUCAAGAAGAUAGAAGAAUCAUGAGGCAGUGUGACAUAGAAAAAGAUAUACAUGCUACCGCGCUCGAUUUUGAAUUUUCAGACAACGUGGUUUUAAUGUUUCAGAAGAUGUAUUCGAUGUUUUCAUGGAAAAUCGUGAGAAGUUUGAGAGUGAUGGUCUCAUAUCUCUUUACGAGGCGUCAUAUCUUUCGGAAAAAUCAGAUACUAAACUACGAAAAUUCAUCAGACCUUUUCAAUACAACAACUCAGAGACUGUUGAUACUCAUAGUCAGUGGCCAAUCUAUAACAUAAUUUAACCGGGGCACACUACAUUACAAAAAACACUUAACUAAUUGUAUUUGAAUGAAUUUAUGUUAAUUACAUAGAAACAAAGAAAAAUUAGCUGAGGUCAUGUUACCCCGUAUGUUACUACCUGCGUCCGCCCCUGCUCAUAGUAAUGCAGAUUUUGGGUCUAAUGAUGUACGAGAGAUGGUGGUCCAAGCGUUAGAUAUGCCCUACUAUUGGCGAAUGAGAAGGCUAGUACAUCGAUGUGUAUGGAAAGAAACCUAACAAGAACAUUGUCUUAGUUGAAUUCGCCAAGAUCGAUUUCAACAACGUACAAGCUAUUCAUCAAGAAGAACUCAAAUAAAUUUCUAGGUGUUAGAGGGGAAAUGAGCACAUUUUCUAAAAAGCUUUUUCUAGCAAUAACCUAAGACCACCAAGACUAAGAAAACUAUGCCGACCUAGCUCGGAGAAAAGGAAAAC